AUGGCCCCAACUAUCCCUUCCCCAACACCCAUCACUGGUAUUCAGAAUCCAGGUGGAAAGCCCAGCCCGCGCCUCCCUGUCGAUGUCUUCCAAAAGAACCAUCCUUUUGCCUUCGCCUUGUACAUCCAGGCCCUUUUAGCCUGGCAAGAAAACGGCAACGAGGAAUUUGACAAGGACAAUGUCAAUGGAACAAGCUACUUUCAGAUCGUGGACUUAGGUGUUCACGGUGUGCCGUAUGUACCUUGGCAGAACGAUCCCACCGCUGGCACUGUCGAGAACAUCGGAUACUGUACGCAUCGAAGCACUCUGUUCAUUCCAUGGCAUCGACCAUACCUGAUGCUCUACGAGCAAAUAAUCCAUUCCUACGCUGAAGAGAUCGCUAAUAAGGCUACUGGAUAUGCGGCUGAGGCCUACAAAGAGGCUCUUCUACAAGUUCGGUUACCCUACUGGGACUGGGCUAAGAAGCCCAACCUACCGGCCGUUGUUAUGUCCCCAGAUAUCACUUUAACUGUACCCGGAGAGUCAAAGGGGAUCAACGAUACAAAGUAUCUUGAACACAACCCGCUGUACUCCUACAAGUUCACCUCUCCAACUGCUAUCCAACUCAUGCAGCAGGAGAUGAACUGGGAGAACUCUAAGGUUUGGACCGAGUCGAAGCGCUGCCCUGAUGCCGAUGGCAAGAGUGAUCAAGAGAUUUCCAACGUUCAAGUUGGAACAUUCAAGCAGUUCAAGACGCAAACUUACCAAGCCCUCACCGCUAUCAAAGAUUUUGAUCAGUUCACCUGUACGGCGUGGCGACCUACAGAAUCUCCCCACGCAUACACUUCCGUUGAAGACAUGCAUAACAACAUCCAUAACUACACCGGCACCAACGACACCAUUCUCAACGACGAGGAGGAGGUCGAGGUCACUAGACUCUUGGGCAACAUGACGGAUGUUCAAGCUAGCUCGUUUGAUCCAGUGUUUUGGCUUCACCACGUCAACUGCGACAGGCUCACCGCGCUUUGGCAAGCUCUCAAUCCCGACUGCACCAUUGCUGAAUGGUCGUCCCGAAUGCCUCGCUUUGUAGCUAAGGAAGGCACAAUGGAGGGUGGAAAGUCAAACCUUGAGCCCUGGCACAAGACUGAUCAGCACUCUAUGUCCGACUACUAUAUCGCCAAUGACACCAAGGAACUCACGAGCACUUUCGAAGGCGGUUACUACUACCCGGAGACUCCGCUAGAGUACAUCAAAGACCAGGAAGCCAUGAAAUCGUACACAACUCAACAAAUCAAUGACCUUUAUGCCCCAAAGCCGAAGCGAGCCGUUCCACCUCCGCCCAAGGGUGGUUUCCAGGACGUCAAACCUCCGGUUGAGGCCAACCCUGGACCAAAGACUCACCAUUGGCAAGUCUUUCUCCGUGUCAAGAACUUUGCUGUUACCGGCACCUGGGCUGUUCAUGUCUUCCUUGGGGAAUUACCUGAGUCGACUGCAGACUGGUUCCUCUCGGAGAACCGUGUUGGAUCAGUUACCAUGUUGUCCAAUCGGUCGAUACGCCAGUGUGCGAACUGUGUUUCGCAAGCUGAAAAUGAUAUCCUCGUUACCGGAACUGUCCCACUAAAUGAAGCGUUGGAAGAAAGAGGUGUAGAUGUUGACGAUGUCAAUGCUGUGGUUGCCUAUUUGAAGAAAGAAUUAUCCUGGAGAGCUGUCAAGGAUACUAAGAAUGUUGAGCUAACUGAUGACCUUGGCCUGACUGUGGGAGUUUCAGCUCAGACUGUUUCAAUGCCAGACUCAGCUACUGAGUUGCCCGAAUGGGGUCCUAGCCAUGUUUACCCUGGAGCUACUGCUGGGAAAGAUUGCGGCCUGAAUCAAGAAAAUCGUGAGGAUCUGAAGGUCUGA